AUGCCUUCUUCUGCCAAUCCUUCGUCCUCGGAGUCGGAGAAGCGAGGCCCUGUCGCGAAUAGUAGCAGGCCAUCAUCUGUCGUGACAGCUGUGUCACCCCCUGAUGAUGGAUUCAGCCUUGGUCGACGGGGUAUACUCGUGUUUUUCACCCUAUCUGUACUGGCCUUGAUGGCCGCGUUGGAUGGGACUUCUCUCUCCGUGGCUCUGCCGACAAUCUCCGAGGAUCUCAAUGGAACUGCCAUUGAGGCAUUCUGGAGUGGAACUUCCUUCCUGUUAAGUUCAACGGUCUUCCAACCUAGCUUUGCCUCUCUCUCCAACAUAUUUGGCCGACGCCCGAUGGUCCUCAUUGCCAUUCUCUUCUUCUGUAUUGGUGCAAUCAUCUCCGCGAUUGCAAACAACUUCACAUAUAUGCUGGUGGGAAGGACUAUCCAAGGUGUAGGUGGUGGUGGAAUCAUCGCCUUGGGCGAAGUCAUCAUCACGGAUAUCGUACCACUCCGUCACCGUGGAAAAUAUUUUGGAAUUAUGAGCGCCAUGUGGAGUCUUGGAUCAGUCACAGGUCCGAUUUUGGGAGGAGGGUUUGCAGAAAAUGUGACUUGGCGCUGGAUUUUUUAUAUUAAUUUCCCCUUCAUUGCCGUUGGAGCGACAUUCGUAUUUCUUUUCUUGAACCUGAAGGUUCUUCCCGGGUCCUUGGCUGAGAAGCUACGCCAAAUCGACUACAUUGGAACCAUUCUGUUUGUCGGAAGUCUUUCCUCUUUCCUGAUUCCGAUCACAUGGGGAGGCGUCUCCUACGCAUGGAACUCAUGGCAUACACUCGUCCCCCUACUCGUUGGUAUUGCAGGACUCUUUGCCUUUGCAUUUUACGAAUAUCGCUUCGCCACUGACCCAAUAAUCCCGCCCUCGGUCUUCGUGAACCGCACAGCAACUGUCUCGUUUAUCGGAAGUGUGCUUCAGGGCCUAAUUUUAUGGUGCACACUCUACUACCUCCCACUUUACUAUGAAGCCGUCAAAGAGUUCAGUCCCAUUCUCUCGGGUAUUGCACUCUUUCCCGAAACAUUCACCGUUGCGCCCAGUGCAAUGGUCGUUGGUGUUUUGAUCACAGUGACUGGGCACUACCGGUGGGCUAUCUGGCUAGGCUGGACAGUUUCCACUAUCGGGCUUGGAUUGAUGUGGCUUAUCAAGGUGGACACCAGUACAUAUGGGUGGAUUCUGCUCAAUCUUGUCCCUGGUCUUGGACUGGGAAUUCUGUUCCCUUCUCUCGGGUAUGCCGUUCAAGCGUCAGCCGAACCGGAUAAUCUGGCCAUCGCCGUCGCGAUGUUCAGUUUCUUCCGUGCACUGGGACAAGCGAUCGGUGUUGCGGUUGGAGGAGUUAUCUUCCAGAACCGCAUGUUUACCAACUUGCUCAAAUACCCUGCUCUUGCGCCGAUGGCUAGCGCCUACAGCCAGGAUGCGUCUGGAUUAGUACAAGUGAUCAAGGGUAUGGCUGAUGGUGUGACAAAGUCACAGUUGAAGGAGGCAUAUACUGAUAGCUUGCGCAUUGUAUGGGUUGUUUGUUGUGGUAUCUCGGGAGCCGCUUUGUUGUUCAGUUUGUUGACUGAGUCGUAUGACUUAGAUCGUGCGCUAGAGACAUCUCAGGGUCUGCGAGAUGGCAAAGAUCAACUUGCUAGUGAGAAGGAUAUUGAGGCACGCGCUGAUCAAGCCAUGCAGGAGGAGAACCCGUUAGCUUGGUAA